GCCAACCUCCCUUCCUCCUCGUCCUGCCCUCCUCGCUUGCUAGAUCUCGGUGCCAUUCGCAGCGGGAGGCAAAAUUUCCCGAUCUACUUCUCUUUCAUCGCCAUGGCUCUGCUCGUGGAGAAGACCACUUCCGGGCGCGAGUACAAGGUGAAAGACUUAUCACAAGCCGAUUUCGGCCGGCUCGAGAUCGAGCUUGCGGAGGUCGAGAUGCCAGGCCUCAUGGCUUGCCGCGCUGAGUUCGGCCCCUCCCAGCCGUUCAAAGGCGCGCGUAUCUCCGGCUCUCUCCACAUGACUAUCCAGACCGCUGUGCUCAUUGAAACCCUAACCGCCCUCGGUGCCGAGGUACGCUGGUGCUCCUGCAACAUUUUCUCCACCCAGGACCAUGCUGCUGCCGCAAUCGCCCGUGAUUCCGCCGCCGUUUUUGCUUGGAAGGGCGAGACCCUUCAGGAGUACUGGUGGUGCACGGAGCGCUGCCUAGAAUGGGGCGCCGGCGGAGGCCCGGAUCUCAUUGUCGACGACGGCGGUGAUGCGACACUUCUUAUCCAUGAGGGAGUUAAGGCUGAGGAGGAGUACGAGAAGAACGGGAAAAUUCCAGAUCCGGCUUCUACGGACAACGCGGAAUUCCAGAUCGUGCUUGGGCUCAUCAGGGAUAGCUUAAGCGUCGAUCCGAAGAAGUAUCGGAGGAUGAAGGAGAGGCUCGUUGGCGUCUCUGAGGAGACGACCACCGGAGUGAAGAGGUUGUACCAGAUGCAGUACAGUGGGACGCUUCUUUUCCCUGCCAUCAACGUCAAUGACUCAGUUACCAAGAGCAAGUUUGAUAACCUAUAUGGUUGCCGUCACUCUCUCCCCGAUGGUCUAAUGCGAGCCACCGAUGUCAUGAUCGCCGGCAAGGUAGCUGUUGUUUGCGGCUACGGUGACGUCGGCAAGGGUUGUGCCGCGGCUCUCAAGACUGCCGGUGCUCGUGUCAUCGUCACUGAGAUCGACCCAAUAUGCGCUCUUCAGGCCCUCAUGGAAGGCCUCCCCGUUCUCCGCCUUGAGGACGUCGUGUCCGAGGCUGACAUUUUCGUCACCACCACCGGCAACAAGGACAUCAUCAUGGUUGACCACAUGAGGAAGAUGAAGAACAAUGCCAUCGUCUGCAACAUCGGCCACUUCGACAAUGAGAUUGAUAUGCUCGGACUCGAAUCAUUCCCCGGUGUCAAACGCAUCACCAUUAAGCCGCAGACGGAUCGGUGGGUCUUCCCUGACACAAAUAGCGGCAUCCUCGUGCUGGCGGAGGGCCGUCUGAUGAAUCUCGGAUGCGCCACGGGUCACCCCAGCUUUGUCAUGUCGUGCUCUUUUACGAACCAGGUAAUUGCUCAGCUGGAACUGUGGAAGGAGAGGGCGUCGGGGAAGUAUGAGAAGAAGGUGUAUGUCUUGCCGAAGCACCUGGAUGAGAAGGUUGCGGCGCUUCAUUUGGGCAAGCUUGGGGCCAAGCUCACCAAGCUCACUCCUUCGCAGGCUGAUUACAUCAGUGUUCCGGUCGAGGGUCCCUACAAACCAGCCCAUUACAGGUAUUAGAGAAUUUUAAUGUGAGGAAACUGAAUCUGAUGGAACUUCUGUUCCAUUGGAUUCAAAGGAGGAAUCAGCUUUAUACUUAUCUUUAUCAAGUUAUGCUCUAUUUAUCAUUUAAACAUUGCUUUAAUGAUGUUGUUGAUUUGAAGGGGGUGAGUGUGAUUUCUGAGAGGAAUAAUGAGGUUUGUGGGUUGUGGCGGAGGUGGUGUAUCGUCCCUGAGUAUAUUCGGGAGACUUUUUUUUGUUUUUUGUGUAGCCUUUUUCUAUAUGGGGCUUUUUGAGGAAAUUUAAUGAACUUGUUUUGCAAGAUGCU